AUGAUGCGCCCGCACAACGUCGGGUGCUCCUCCGGGCACCAGAUCCCGCCCCUGAGAUCGAGCGGCUUUCGGCCGCGCGUCGUCAGGCGCGCCGUGGGCCUGCCCCCACUGGCCGUCGCCGGCUGGAGGCGGCGCCUUGACGUGGUGUCGUUCCGAAACAACAACGGUCGGAAGAGGGCGGAGACCUCCAAGAAGCCGACCGACCCCGAAACCGUGCACAGCGACGUGCUGGCCAAGGUGGAGUUCAACAGCGGCGGGAACCGGGGCCAGGUCACGGCGCUGCUGGCGUACCAGGGCCUGGCGUGGAACCUGCGGGAGCACCUGAUGGAGAGGAUGAUUGCGACGCAGAACCUGUGGAGGGAAAAAGACCCAAAGUUUGUGUACUACCUGAGCGCCGAGUUCCUCAUGGGUCGCUCGCUGCUGAACACCAUCCAGAACUUGGAACUGUACGAACCAUAUGCGCAAGCCCUCAAGAUGCUGGGCUACAACCUGGAAACCCUUGCUGAAAAGGAACGAGAUGCUUCUUUGGGCAAUGGUGGCCUUGGGCGCCUUGCGGCAUGCUUCCUUGACGCCAUGGCAACCAUGAACCUGCCAGGCUGGGGAUAUGGGAUUCGCUACAAAUAUGGAAUGUUUAAACAGAUAAUCAAGGACGGGGAGCAGAUGGAGGUACCGGACGUGUGGCUCACGGAUGGCAAUCCCUGGGAAGUGAGGAGACCUGAUGUCGUGUUCCCUGUUUCGUUUGGGGGCAAGCUGAAAAAAACUGUUACAGGUAGCCACGAACUUGUGGAGUGGAUUCCAGAUGAGCAGGUCAUCGCAAUGGCCUAUGAUGUGCCAAUCCCAGGUUUCAACACCCAGAACACUGGCAACCUGAGACUGUGGGAGUCACUCCCUGUCAACGAAUUCGACCUUGAUGCCUUCAACAAGGGUGACAUUUUGUCGGCAUACAACGAGAAGGGCAGGGCGGAGGCCAUCACAUCGGUGCUGUACCCUAAUGACUCCACACCUGAAGGGAAGGCCCUAAGGCUCAAGCAGCAAUACUUCUUUGUCAGUGCAAGCCUCCAGGAUGUGCUUGCCAGAUUCAAGAAAGUUCAUGGCAACCAGUUCGACCUGUUGCCUGAGAAGGCGUGCUUCCAGCUCAAUGACACCCACCCAACCAUUGGGAUUGCAGAGAUGGUGCAUCUUCUGGUUGACAAGGAGGGACUCGAUUGGGAGGCUGCAUGGGGUAUCACAACCAAAGUGUUUGCCUUCACCAACCACACAAUCAUGCCUGAGGCACUGGAGAAAUGGCCUGUGAAGGUGAUGAGAGAAUUCCUCCCAAGGCACAUGGAAAUCAUCGAAACGAUUGACACCCAAUGGCAGGCCUUCUUGGAGGAGAAAUUGUCAGAGAUGCCCAAAGCAGAGAAGCAGGCAGCGAUUGACAGGAUGGCCAUCGUACAUCCAAACCAAUGGAACAAGGAGGAAAUGCUUGUUAACAUGGCUCAUUUGGCUGUGGUUGGGUCCCACACAGUCAACGGUGUGGCCCAGAUCCACUCUGACAUCAUCAAGUCCACGAUCUUCAAGGAUUUCCAUGGUGUCUUUCCACUCAAGUUCCAGAACAAGACCAAUGGUGUGACCCCUCGGCGCUGGCUGGUGUUCAGCAAUACGGACUUGGCAACAUUGAUCACAGAGGCUUUGGGAACACAAGAAUGGAUGACAAACUGCAAACUGCUGGAGGGUCUGAAGCCCUUUGCAGAAGACGCUGAAUUCAGGAAGAAGUGGAGCGCAGUGAAGCGCAAGAACAAGGAGAGGCUGGGGGCAAAGAUUCGGGAGCUUACAGGAGAUGAUGUUGACACUUCAUCCAUGUUUGACAUUCAGAUCAAGCGCAUCCAUGAAUACAAGCGCCAGUUCUUGAACGUCCUCAGUGUCAUCAGGCGGUACAACACCAUCAAGGCCAUGACCCCCGAGGAACGCAAAUCGGUGGUGCCAAGAGUGUGCGUUAUUGCUGGCAAGGCGGCCUCCUCUUAUGAAAGGGCCAAGGAUAUCAUCCGUCUGGUGGGUGCCGUGGGUGACACCAUCAACACAGACCCUGAAGUGAGGGAUCUCCUGAGGUUGUAUUUCCUGCCUGACUACAAUGUCUCUCUUGCUGAGGUCAUCAUCCCAGCUGCCGAUCUUUCUCAGCACAUCAGCACUGCUGGCACAGAGGCUUCUGGCACCUCAAACAUGAAGUUCCAGAUGAAUGGCUCCCUUAUCCUGGGCACAAUGGACGGCGCCAACAUUGAGAUUGCAGAGGAAAUCGCUGCGAUCCAAGGUCCAGACGCAAAGGUGGGAGAUGGCCUGUUCAUAUUUGGGGUGGAUGCGAAAGACGUGCCAAAACUGAGGAAGGAGAGGAAGGAGUUCAAGACGGACCCACGGUGGGACGAGAUCAUGGACAUGAUCAAGAAGGGCACCUUUGGGAACGACAAAUUCGAGGCUCUCGUCGACAGUGUGAAUGACAUGACGGUCGGCAACGAUUGGUUCCUACUAGCAAACGACUUUGCCACGUACCUGGAUGUCCAAGACGAGGUCGAUGCCAUGUGGAAGAAUCAGGACGAAUGGGUGCGCAGGUCCAUCCUGUACACUGCCAGCAGCGGCAAAUUCUCCUCAGACCGCACCAUCUCGCAGUACGCCGAAGAAAUCUGGGAUGUGCAGCCGCUGGCCGUCGCCUAA